GGCCGCCUUCCCCCCAACCUUUGCAUCCUGCACCGUUCCGGACGCCUGCUACGCCUAUCCUGGAAUCGUCAGACCUGCUGUAUGACCUGACCUACCGCAAAUGGCGUCCUCGCUGCGCACCCCAGACAGCCCCCCUCAUCUCGGUCGCGCGCCCUCUUACAUCCACUUCACCCCGCGCCGCGCAAUGGCCUCCUUCGAGAAUCUGGUCGUGCUCGCGAACUAUGAGGAGCACCUACGCGAAGCUCGGCGCGUCGUAUGGAGAGACAGGGGCGAGAAGCCGGUCGAGGUGCUCGACCUCGGGGAUUGCUUUGAGCACGCGUGCAGGGGCGGCCUCCGGGCGGGAACUCUUGCGUUCGCGAUCCGUUCAGGCGUGAACUUCAUCCUCCUUCUGACCCGGAUUAAGCGAAUCCCCAAACGUUUCCGGCUGAGUUUGAUCCGCCAUGCACUCUUCGGAGAGGACUCCGUCCGAUUUGCGGCCACGCUCGCCUCAUUCGUUGGCUUGUACAAGUUCAUCCUUAAUGCCCUGCCCAUCCUUCUCCCUCAGCCACGCAUAGAUGAGACAACGCAUUCUCGGACACGUUCCCUCUUCCGCGCCUCCAUUCCGGGUGGCUCGGGGCAACCUGGGGCUGACUCUCCAUUUGACGAGGAGGCCUCAGAAGAUGUAGAACUUGGUAUCCAACAACGGAAGAAGGGCGCACGACAGGCCAGGCUGUCGAUGAGUGCUCAAGUGCACCAGAUGUGGGUGCGGAAACGAACUCGGUGGUGGUACUCCGCGUUCGCGGGGUCCGUCGCCGGUGCGAUCGCUAUCAUGUUUGAGAAGCGCGGUAGAAGAGUUGGCAUCGCCCAACAAAUGUUUGUCCGAGGCCUGCAGGGGUCGUUUAAUGCCAUGUCAGUGAAGUCGGGCUUCAAAAUCCCUCAUGGGGACGUGAUCGUGUUCACACUUUGCUGUGGACAGAUCAUGUAUGGGUUCCUCAUGCGACCAGACACACUCCCAUCAUCGUAUAACAGAUGGAUUCAAGUGGCCUCUAAAGUACCCGCUGACGGAGUCGCGCUCAACAUGUCCCUUGUUCGUGAUGGCACCUUCGACCCUCAGGUCAUGGAGCACGUUUUGACCUAUCCGGGUAUUACUGCCAAGAAUCAUUCCCGCAUCUUGGAGCUGCUCGCGGGUGCCAAGAUCCCCGAAGAUUUACGCACGUACGGUCCACCAUACGGACCAUGCGCCGCUGUGCACCCAGACAUCGACUCCUGCUUGACAGUGCAGGUCGCGCACUUCUGGGAGGUGUUCCGUUGGAUGCUGCCUAUCUACGGCGCGCUGCACUUCAUCCCCAUGAUGCUGUUCCGCCGAAAUACGUUCAUGAAGCGCCCCGCCCACAUGCUGCUACGUGCCGCGCUGGGCACUGCCCGGAGCUCCGCCUUCCUUGGCGUCUUCGUGACCAUCUUCCAGACGUACUUCUGUGGCAAACAUAACCUCUAUGAGAGGCUCGUGGCGCUUCGGGCGCCCGGCGCUCGGUCGCUGCUGGCUGCGCUUGCGAAAUGCUUGCCGCCAUGGGUUUUGCAGCUGCUGAUCGGGAAGUUCUCCUUCUUCGUUGGCGGCCUGCUUUCCGGCUUGUCGCUGUUCGUCGAGGAGAAACGGCGGCGGGAGGAGCUCGCCAUGUAUGUCCUGCCGAAGGGCCUCGAGAGCGCGUGGGUGAUGGCGCGGGGCAAGGGGUGGGUGUUCGGGAUGGGACGGUACGGGGACGCGUUGCUUACUGCAAUGGGAAUGGGCAUGGUGAUGAGCACUUACCAGAAUGACCCGCAGCACCUAUCCGGCCUGGUCCGCCGCAUACUCUACCAAUUCGUCGGCCCCAACUAAGAGGCUGGCUCAAGUAAUCAUCGCCAUACGGGGGCCGCUGACUUCCGUACUUUACGAUAUAUCUAACAGUGUACGGUAUAAUGACUAGAGUCUGGAACGCUUC